GCGGCACAGCGCCCCUCCUUCACCCGGAAGUUUUCACCGGAAGUUCCCGCCAGCUGCAUGUUCGGCCCGGCCAGCAGAAACCGAACUGAAGCCGAACCGGAGCAGCUUCUGGUUCCGUGGAUCCCAGGAUGGAGCUUCCGCCUCUUCUUCAUGACCUUCAUCUCUCCUCCUCCCCCUCCUCCUCAAAGAGGACACGCCCCUCUGCUCCCCUCCCACCAAUCACAGAGCUCCUCUCUGAGCUGCAGAAGAAGCUGAUUGGUGUGGCUGAAAGCAGCGCUCUGAUUGGCCAGGUUGAGCGUCUGUUCCAGACUGCAGAUCCUGAUUGGCUGUUCCCUCCGCUGUUGGAUGAGCAGGUCAGCGAGUGGGCGGAGCUUCAGGCAGCGUACGCCUCCGUGAUCACAGCUCUGAUUGGCUGUGCCGCGCUGCCGCUCUGCCACGAGGACUGCGGCUCGUUAGACGCCUCGGCCUAUCAGAGCAUCCCAAAGCGCGCCGCCGCCGUAAGCUCCGCCCUCACAGCGCUGCUGGGGAACUGGAAGGAAGGGGGCGGAGCCAGAAGAGACAGGCUGCUCCUCGCUGUGGCUCCACCCAUCUACCUGUUCUGUGUCACACAUUUGCAGGACGAGGUUUGGACCAGCGCCGCCUCCAGAACCGCGGCGCGGCGCCUUAAGGGGGCGCUGCUGAGGGCGGGCGGAUGGAGAGACUCCGCCCACCUGCUGGCAGGGGAGGAGGAAGACAGAUGCAUUCUGGGAGGAGUCCUGGACGUCCUGCAGCCUCAGCUGACCAGGGAGUCAUGGCGACGGUGUGCCGCCUUGAAGCUGCAGUUCUCCUGGACGCUGCUGCAGGUGACCCGCCCCUUCCUGUCCCCCUUCCUGCAUCGCCUCCUCCCCCCUUCGCUCCUCCUGAAUGACGACUACAAGCCAGAGAACUGCAUGCUGGGAGUUCGCUGUCUGCAUCACAUCGUUCUCAACACGCCAGCUGCAGACCUUCGUCAGUUUAACAGAGCCGAGGUUCUGUACCAGGCUCUGUUCAGACACCUGUACACGAGCGAGACCGGCGUCAUCCAGCUCGUCCUCUCCUGCCUACUCGACCUGCUGCUGGUUCUGGAGAAGCCGCCAUCUUCCGACUGCCGCAAGAAGCCAUGUCGCCAUGAUGAUGUGCUGCGUCUGGUUCUGACCCACAUGGAGGCGGAGCAAAAGGUGGCGCUGCGGCGCGUCUAUGCCUCGGCCCUGCCGCUCUACGUGGAGAGGGUGGGUGUGGCCGUGUGCAGGCACCUGCGGCGGCUGCUGCCGGUGCUGCUGGGUUACCUGGAGGUCGGGGAUCCGCCGGAGGAGUCGGUUCGGCUGAAGAUGCUGGAGGUUCUGCAGUCGACCAUCAGGCUGGCGUGGCCACGGAUGGCGAGUCGUGCCGAUGCGCUGCUGCGCUGUUUGCUGCGGCUGCUGGUCGACGUCUCUGCAGACCCAGGACUCAGCGACUCGGUCCGACUGCAGCUGAUGGAGGGAAGCUCCGCCUCCCUGCGGCUGCUGGACGCUGCCACCCAGCGACGCGUUCAGCGGCUCCUCCUGCAGGUCGACAGCCGCCACUGCAGCCCUCAGGUUCUCUGUUGCCUGGCAACCGUGACAGCAGCGAGAACGUGCACCUGAAGCACCUGGAUGCUUUAAGAGUCUGAGCAGCACCAACACCUGAACCAAGCCGGAGCCCAGUCCGAAGCUCGGCCCACCAGAACCAGAGGCUGGUUUUCAGAAUAAAACCCGAGACGUUUUGGAGCACAGGGUUAACUCACAGCUGGAGAGGCAGAAGGACCCAAACAGGUCUAGAAAAACAGCAGCUGGCUGCAUAAAUGAAAUGUUUUUUGAAUUAACGAAAUAAAGUUUUUCUGUAGAUCCUC